UUAACAGAAAGUAUAGUUUUAAAAGUCAAAGUAGUUUAUUUUUUCAAAAGCAGCCACUCAACAGAAAGCGGUAAAGUUUAGCCUGAGUGGACUGAGAGCUCAUCACUUUACCUGCUAUCCUGUUAACGCUAUUGCUAACAUUCAGGUUAACGGCAGUUGAUUCAUGACCAUGUCUCUCUGCGACGACACACUCUUGUGUAACUUCCCAAAGUGUCGGACCAAGCUGAGCGGCUUCGCCUGGGUCACAGCUUGCUCACAUGUUUUCUGCGAUCAGCACGGGUCCGGUGAGUUCAGCCGUUCCCCCGCCAUCUGCCCGGCGUGCUCCUCUGCGCUGUCUGGGAAGAUGGACAUUGUGAGGACGGAGCUGUCACCUUCUGAGGAGUACAAAGCCAUGGUGCUGGCAGGUCUGCGACCAGACAUAGUUCUGGACGUCAGUGCUCGUGCUCUGGCCUUCUGGAGCUAUCAGGUCCAUCAGGAGCGUAUGUAUCAAGAGUACAGUCUGUCACGGGCUGAGGCACAGCUGAAGCAGAUGGAGAAGGUGCUGACCCAGCAGAACCAGAGCAGAGAACUGGAGCUCAACUCCAUGAGGGGGGAAAUCACCUCCCUGAAGAAAGUGAUGGAGGAGUAUAAAAGGAAGUACAGCGAGGUGUCCGAGCGGCUGAUGGAGAGGAACAGGCAGUACCAGAAACUGCAGGGGCUGUACGACUCUCUGAGGCUGCGCAACAUGGUGGUGGGUGUAGAGGAAAGAGACACGCUGCCACAACCAGGACAUCACAACUUCAACACUGGUGUAGCUCGGCAGGCAACUCCCCAGAGAAGCCCUCAGUUCCUCUCCGUGGGCUACGAUGGGGACAGCAGAUUCUUCUCCUGCCUGGAGGCUGACGGAGCCAAGAGCUUCUUCCAGUUCAGCUCCCCCGCCAGGGAGAGAGGCCGAACCUUCGUCAAGAAGCACUGAGACAGGAACAGGUUUCAUAGUGACUGUAGCACAUUUAACUUAACUACAUUUAUUUAUAUACGUUAAAGUGUUCUGUUGUUUUAGUAUUAGUUUAGUUGGCAGUGUUUUCCUGAGUGCAUUUUUUGUAGCAUUUAUUGUAAUUUUUAAGUAUAAAUGUGUUUUUGACCAAUAAUAACAAAUAUUGUACUCAAACUAGGACUGAAAUGCCAAUGUUCAGCUUUGAGUCCUGGUCUCUACCUAAGCAUACAUUUGUGUUAUGAAGUACUUGAAGUGUAAAUACAACAUAAACUAUUUGUUUACACAUA